AUGCACACCUUCCUCGUUUCGCUACUUUUACUGCCUUCAGUACUGUCAAAGUUACAGGUUGAAAGGAAAGAUUUCUUCGUGAAAAAAGGAAAUUCGGAGGUGUUCGAUGAAACAGUGAAGACGAAUCCCCGAUCUUUCGACUAUGAUUUCACUGACGAUCUGAGACACGAGGCUAACAAGAACGACGCUUACGAUGAACAUGUUGGAUCGUUGCCCGAUUUCACUAUCUAUAAACGAGGUGAAAGCCAAGGGGUCACGGAGGUACCCGUUGUCACGAGGGGUGUUCACACAUGGUCGACUCACGCGCCGAACCUGGACUCAUUUCCGUACUUGACGAAGAGUUCACCGUUUGGACGAACUACGCCAAUGCCAUCUGUACAGAACAGACAACCAAUUAUGCCAGUAAUGUUGCAUUCUGAAGAGGUGAAGAGGGUGAGAGAGCUUCUCAUUGGAGCACCAGCAACAGCAGACCUUACAAUAGAAUCCAAUAAAACAGAAGACAGCGCUCCUCACGAGCUCAGUAGACGACCAGAAACUAAGGACGAAAAAGAGCUGAACAAGGACUUUCCCACACUGGCACCAGCAUUGGAGAAGCUUGAAGUAGCGAAGGAGUCGAAGAAGUCCCUUACCCUGACAUCAGCUAAAGCGGAGACUACGACCAAGACUACCGUUACGACGAAAGCUCCAAAACAAGUUAAGCGACCAUCACAUACAGAACUUGAAGAAGUGAAGAAGGUAGAAGUGCUGCUGACUAAGGCACCGCUGGCACAACGCCCUACUAAAACUACUGCCAAAGCUACCACAGCUACUACUGGAACUCCUACCACGGUGUCCAUCAUCUCCAGCUCCACGCAGAGGUCCACAACACCAAAGAGGACUUCAACUACAACCUCCAAGACGUUAAAGACGACGGCGAGAAGUAGAGCGAGAACCACACCUGUUGCCACAACAACGAAAUUGUCUACACCACUAUCGUCUACUACGACAUCUUGGACAGUUACGACAGAGCCAACAGUGCGACAGCGGCCAAUAUGGUGA